AUGGCCAGCCUGAUAAACGAUGAUGCUGAUUACAACGAAAACUAUUAUGAGUACACAGAACCGGAGCAGGAACCCCUCCAUUCACUGUCCUGGGAGGACUUUGACUGGUUCGAACCAUCUUUAGGUGACAGCUAUGCUGGGAAAGACCCAUGCUCCUCCAACCCCUGCAAGAACGGUGGUAGAUGUGAAGCCAAAGGAAGAGACUUCAGCUGCGUCUGCCCCAAGCCAUAUGCUGGGACUACAUGCGAAAAAGUGAAGGACAUGUGCCCGAGUAAGAGCUGCCGCACUGGUGACUGCCUGAUUACACUAACCCCACCUUACUUUCGGUGCAGCUGCAAGCAUCCCUACAAGACACCCAACUGCAAACACGCAUCUAAACAGUGCAGCCCAAACCCUUGCAAAAAUGGAGGUACCUGCAGACGGCACAGAAACAGAUCAAAAUUCACCUGCGACUGCCCUGUACCUUUCAGAGGGAGAUUCUGCGAGAUCAAACCAACUGAUUGUUAUAAAGAGGACUCCUCUGGGUACAGAGGAAGAGUGAACCAAGCAGUAAAUGGCCAUACCUGCCUGCACUGGAAUUCCCACCGUCUCUUGGACUCCUCUUUUAAUGCCUUUAUGGAGGAUGCUGACUCUUAUGGCAUUGGUGACCACAACUUCUGCAGGAAUCCUGAUGGGGAUGAAAAACCCUGGUGCUACAUCAGAAAAAAUAAUGAAGUGGAUUGGGAAUUCUGUGAUGUUUCACCUUGCUCAGAAACAGGUGAAGAACUAGAAAGCCCAAGAGACCCACCUGAAUCAAAUCAAAUGUUCCAAACAUGUGGAAAACCAGAAGUUCAUGGGGCACUCAAGAGGAUCCAUGGUGGAGCCAAGACUACAGCUGGCAAACACCCUUGGAUGGCAUCUCUGCAGAUGAAGAAUGCACAUGGGAGUCAACAUUUCUGUGGUGGAGUGCUAAUUAAAUCAUGCUGGGUUCUUACUGCUGGGCACUGCAUUACAGAAAAUUCAUCAAAGAUCCAAGUAGCCCUUGGAAAGCAAAACCUCAAGAAGAGAGAGGCUCAAGAGCAAAUAUUUGAUGUGGAACAAACCAUUGUACAUAAUAAAUACAAUGAGGAGAAUGAUGUUCCACACAAUGAUAUUGCACUGAUUAAACUGAAGCCAGUUGAUGGUCACUGUGCACUGGAAACAAAGUAUGUGAAAACAUCGUGUCUCCCUGAUGACAUCUUUGAGCCUGGGACUAACUGCUUCAUUUCUGGAUGGGGUCAGACAGAGACAGAUGAACAACCCCAUCAGCUGUUAGAUGCCAAUGUCAAGCUGAUUUCACAGAAGAAAUGCAGUGACUCUGAAGUACAUGGUAACAGACUGGAUAGAACCAUGUUUUGUGCAGGAAGACUUAAGAAAGGCGGAGUUGAUUCUUGCCAGGGAGACUCUGGAGGCCCACUAACAUGUGUGAAAAAUGGCACUUCCUAUGUAUAUGGCCUGGUGAGCUGGGGCGAGGGGUGCGGGCUGAAAAACAAGCCAGGAGUUUAUACCCAGGUGACAGAAUUUCUCCACUGGAUUGAAACUAAAAUUCAGCCUGAGUCGAGGUCCCGUCCUUAG